GCUGGGGACCUCCGCCUCGGCACCUCGCUGCACGCCAUCGUCGCCAAGAACCCCAGCCACUUCCGCCUCUGCCCACGCCGUUCCUGCCUGCAGCACGUGGUCGUGGUAUGGAACUCCCUCGUCGCCAUGUACGGCCGCUGCGGCUGCCGCGGGGACGCCGUCAGGGUGUUCGACGAAAUGGCCCUCCGGGACUCCGUGUCCUGGAACUCGCUCCUCUCCGCCUCCGCUUCGGCCACGGAUGCGCUCGCGCUGCUCAGGCGGAUGCUGAGCGCCGCGCCAGGCGCCGCCGCGUGCGACCACGCCACGCUGACCACCGUCCUGUCCGCGUGCGCGCGCGCUGGCGGGGGCACGGGCUCCGCGUCGCUCCCCGCGGUACACGGGCUGGCGGCGUCGUGCGGGCUCGACGCUGAGGUGUCCGUCGGGAACGCGCUGAUCACCGCCUACUUCGAGUGCAGCUCCCCGGGCUCUGCGGAGCGUGUGUUCGACGGCAUGGCGGACAGGAACGUCAUCACGUGGACGGCGAUGGUCUCCGGGAUGGCUCGGGCAGAGCGAUAUAGCGAGAGCCUGUCUCUGUUCCGGCAGAUGAGGCGCGCGGUGGACGCCAACAGGGCGUCGUACUCGAGUUCUUUGCUAGCAUGUGCCGGAUCACGCGCCGCCAGGGAAGGGCAGCAGAUUCACGGGCUUGCCGUCAAGGCUGGGCUGGAGACUGAUCUCCAUGUCGAGAGUGAGCUCAUGGACAUGUACUCCAAAUGCGGGUUGAUGGAGGAUGCGCUGAGGGUGUUCCGCUCCGGCCAGGAUCCUGACGAAGUUUCCUUGACGGUGAUUCUUGCUGGGUUUGCUCAGAACGGACUGGAGGAGGAGGCGUUCAGGUUGUUCGCUGAGAUGGUCGGGAAAGGAAUCCGCGUCGACGCAAACAUGGUUUCUGCAGUCCUGGGUGCCUUCGGUGCUUCGGCGCCGUUUGCUCUUGGGAAACAGAUCCACGCGCUGGCCAUCAAGAGAUGCUUCGGAGGGAACACCUACGUCUGCAACGGCCUGAUCAAUAUGUAUUCCAAAUGCGGCGAGCUACAGGAGUCUAUCCGAGUGUUUGACGGAACGCCCAGCAAGAACACGGUCACGUGGAAUUCCAUCAUCGCUGCGUAUGCCCGGCACGGCCAUGGUUGGGAGGUUUUUGGGCUGUUCGAGUCCAUGGAAGCCGAUGGCGUCAAGCCCACCGAUGUCACGUUCCUGUCACUGCUCCACGGAUGCAGCCAUGUCGGGUCACCCAGGAAGGGACUGGAGAUACUGGACUCCAUGCCAUCGAAGUAUGGAAUCCAUCCGAAGGUGGAGCACUACGCAUGCGUGGUUGACAUGCUUGGCCGAGCCAGCCAGCUGGAUGACGCCAAGGCGUUCAUAGAAGACGGACCGUUCAAGGACAGCGCUCUUCUGUGGCAGUCGCUGAUGGGAGCUUGCAGCUUCCACAAGAACUCAGGAGUUGGUGAAUGUGCGGCAGAGAAGUUGCUCCUCCUGGACCCUGACUGCACUGCCGCUUACGUCUUGCUCUCGAACGUGUACUCGUCCGAGGGCAGAUGGGACGACAGGGCCAGGAUCAUGAAGAGGAUGAGAGCUAGGGGCUUGAGGAAGGACACUGGCAAGAGCUGGAUUGAGCUGGAAAAGGAGGUCCGUUCUUUUGCCGCUGGGCCAACAAGGUCUCGCCCUGAUGAUGUGCUGGUGCAGUUGUCCGCAGUUGCCAGUGAUCAAGAAGAUGUAGUAGAGAGCAGUGCUUUGUGAAAUGUCAGGUGUGUAUCUUACAUUCUACAUGGAACUUUGGGCGUCAUACAUGAUUGUCUCUAUACCAUAUAUCUCGCCUGAAAUUUGUGCAAAGUGCAUUCUGAUGGAAGAUCGAAGAGCCGGAUUGGGAAUCAUCUAUUACCAGGGAAUAGGGAGCCUUUGUAUGCAUGAUGUUCCUUGUACGUCGUCGACCUUGAGGUAGUAAUAACGGUGCAAAUCUGAUUUCACUCCUUUUGUACAUGCAACCUUUCAGACUACGUACAUAACGUAUGAACGAUCAUGUUUAAUAAGGUAUCCAGUGCUGAUGACUUUGGUAUGAUAUCAUAACAUCACAGCCUCGUCUAGGUGUUUGGUUCCUA